AUGUCGAUGUCACUCGAAGAUGCUGCUGCGCCAAGACAGCCCAAACCAGUGCCGAACACGCCCGAGAAUGUUCUUGAACAAUUCAGCAUGAAAGGCAAGGUCGUUGCCAUUACGGGCGCCUCAGAUGGUAUCGGCUGGGCGGUCGCCGAAGCUAUCGCAGAGGCUGGAGGCGAUGUGGCCCUUUGGUACAAUACCAACGAUGCAGCUAUUUCCAAAGGUGCUGAGCUAGCGAAGAAACAUGCUAUCACAGGACGAGCCUAUCAGGUCGAGGUUUCGGACUGGCAAGCUGUUGAGCGAGCAGUCAGCAAGGUCGUCGACGAUUUCGGCAAGUUGGAUGUUUUUGUGGCCAAUGCUGGAAUGGCGAUUAGUAAGGCUAUCACGGAGCAGACUGUGGACGAGUACAAGAAGCAGAUGGCCGUCAAUGUGGACGGAGUCUUCUACUGCGCCAAGUUCGUUGGUACAGUGUUCAAGAGGCAGGGCUUUGGCAACCUGAUCAUCACCUCCAGCAUAUCUGCACAUAUCGUUAACGUGCCUGUGGAUCAACCAGUCUACAACUCGACGAAAGCUGCAGUCAAUCACCUAGGCAAAAGCUUGGCGCGAGAGUGGCGAGACUUCGCAAGAGUCAACGUCGUAUCGCCUGGCUUCUUUGACACCAAGAUGGGAGCGUCACCAAUUUGUCUGAACGAGGCAUACCGUAUGACUCCUCUAGGUCGCCAGGGUCAUGUCAAAGAGAUCAAGGGUCUGUACCUGUACCUUGCUAGCAACGCCUCCUCGUAUCAGACCGGUAGUGACACCAUCAUUGAUGGUGGGUAUGUACUUCCAUAG